AUGGCGGCUCGAAUCAACAACUUCCUUUUACAGAAUCUUCAGUGCCCCAUGUGCCUGAACAUCUACAAGGAAUCAACGCUGCUGGCCUGCUCGCACACCUUCUGUAAGGGAUGCAUUUCUCGAUUUUUCGAUCCUCUGCAAGAAAUCGCUAAGAUCUCCUGCCCAGUCUGUCGCAAGUCCACGGCUGUUCCAAGUAGAGAUGUCAGCAACCUUCAAAUCAAUAUUCCUAUACAGGCUAUGGUCGAGGAUAUCAAGAACCAGAGUCAGAUCUGCACCAUCUGCAAGGACAAGCCCCUAGCUGCGACCUACUGCCAAGAGUGUGACGACUUCAUGUGCGUCGACUGCUACAAGACCCACGCCAAGUGGGACAAGUUCGCCGGUCACGAUGUGGUCAAGGUGGAUGACAUCAUCUCAGGCAAGGUCACGACCAAACAUCGACGCAAGUGCAAGAAGCAUCGGUCGGAGGUCGAAGAAUGUUUCUGCGUCGAAUGUAAGAAGUAUGUCUGCUUCCGAUGCGGGAUGAUGGAACACACUAAGGCUGGCCACAAUAUUCUGGAGGGAAUGGAACAUGAAGAUCAGCAGAAGGAGAAGAUCCGUGAGUUACAAAACAAGGUUGAUGCAAAAAAAGGCAAGGUGGACGACUACAUCAGCUUCAUUGAGAAACAACAAGCAAAGCUUCAUGUCGUCCAGGAGCAGCUGACCGACGAAAUCAGCCAGGCUUGCGAGGAAUCGAUCCAGCAACUGAAAGAGAGGAGGGACAUCCUCGUCGAGGAUUGUAAGAGCCGUUUGAAUGGAAUGAAUAAAGAACUUCAGGGCAUGAAAGAUGAGAAUAAGUUAGAGAUGGGUCAGAUUGAAGAUGUAGGUGAUUUGGUUGGGAAUGGAGUGAAGGUACCUCUCGAGGUGAGGCUCUUGCUGCCCAUGAAAACCUGGAAGAGAUCCUUGCUAAAGGUGAUCCUGAUUACAGCAAGCCUAAGGAUACUACCAAGCAAGGGCAUAAGGUGA